GGAUCGCGCCUUCUUAUAAUCACAAUUAUGCAGUGAAAGGAAAGGGUGUUCUCAUUUUAAAAUGGGGCCUAGUGGCUGGUUGACGGGCUAUAUGACGCACCCGGCAGCCGAGACAGACGAUGAUUUGAUUUAAGUCAGUUUGAGGAGACUACCAGCAAAAUGAUUUCUAGAAUAUGAAGAUAAUUCGAUUAUUCACCCGAAGAAUCUAAAGGAGAAUUUAGUUACCAAUCUCGGAGCGAAAUUCGUGUGAAUUAGGUUAUGGUGUUCAGUAGUUAUCGCCUAUCAAAUAUACUAUUGGGCUUGACUGAAUCAUUAUACACAUUUUGAAGUAGAUGUGAUGGGUGGAUUUAUUUUUAGAAAAUAUCGAGGCAUGCAUACAUCGUCGGUUAUAAUCUCUUUGUUGUCUGUGAUGGUAUUGUAUACCUAUAUAAGAUUAUCAUCAAUAACCAUGGAAAUCGACACGCUUAGAAAACGAUCGGCACCCGUGGAAUAUACUUUAUCCAAAGAACGUCUGACAGACAGCCAGCAUCAGAUGAAUUCGGGUAUAACUAAUUCUCAAGGUAUGAGGCACACCGGACAUAGUUGUGGACGACGUCAAGUUCAUGAAGUCAGUUGUUCUAAGAUAAUCGAAGGUGAUCCGAAUGAAAUUAUUCGAGCUAAAACUAAAAUGAAAGAAACUGGCUAUAGGGUGCCGAGUGAUCAAUUUAUAACAAACGCCACCCAGGACUGUGUCAAUUUCCGCAAUAAAUAUGCCUAUGACUCCUUUGUGAAUACCGAAGAAGAAAAGAAUUUUCCUAUCGCUUUUAAUAUACUUUUAUAUAAAGACGUGGCUCAAGUUGAAAUGCUUCUUCGUGCUAUUUAUAGACCUCAAAAUUACUACUGUUUACAUGUAGAUGGGUUUUCACCAGAUCAUGUUCACAAGGCAGCUAAAUCACUAGCUAAUUGUUUUGAUAAUGUCUUCAUAGUUUCUAAAACAGAGCAAGUUGUGUAUAAAAGUUUUCAAAGACUCCAAGCAGACAUUAACUGCAUGAGUGAUCAUUUAGAUUUUAGUGAAAAAUGGAAAUAUUUAAUAAACCUUCCUAGUCAAGAGUUCCCACUUAAAACAAAUUUAGAAAUCGUUAAAAUAUUGACUAUUUAUAACAACAGUAAUGACAUAGAGGGUAUCCUUGGUAGCAGAAUGAUGACCAAUAGAUUUAAAUAUAAACAUAAAUAUAAAAACACAACAUCCGGGACCUACGCUAUUGAAAAAACUAACGAAAAGAACCCAAACCCACCGCAUGACAUUCGUGUAGUAAAAGGAAGUGCCUAUGGUAUAUUUACACGACAAUUUGUAAACUAUGUCGUCAACAAUCAAAUAGCUAAAGAUUUCUUACAGUGGUGUCGUGGGGUUCUCUCCCCUGAUGAAUAUUAUUGGUCAACAUUGAAUCAUAAUCCACAUUUGAAAGUUCCUGGCAGUUACAAAGGACAGGCCGAUAAAAAGAAAUGGUUAGCAGCGUAUGCAUCAUGGGCGGGUGCUGAUAAGUGUGCUGGAAAAUGGAUGAGGGGUGUUUGUGUUUUUGGAGUAGGGGAUCUCAACAGCUUAGUUAGCAGGAAUGAAUUAUUUGCUAAUAAAUUUGUAAUGGAUUUUCAACAGCUUGGUUUACAGUGUUUAUCAGAGUGGUUGUACAAUAAAACAGUUUCACCUUUACCAUUUAAUGAUUACUAUUAUAAACAAUUAAAUUUUAUAAACAACCAUUACUGAUACAAAAUUAUUUGGGAUGGACAACUAUUUAUUGUUUAUCAUAAAAAUCCAUUUCUAAUCUGAUAAACAGGGUGAUGAUCAAACAUGUGUGAUAAACGGACUGAUAAUAAUUAUACGUCAAACUUUCCUGAAAAACAGACUGAUAAUUAAACAUUCCUGGAUGAAAAACAGACUAAUAAUUAAACAUCUCUGAUAAACUGAUAGAUGUGUCAAGCUAAUCUCAAAAGUGGAGUAACCCCAAACAAAUUGCAAAUGAAAACAAUGCAGUUGGGUUCAAUUAUACUUAUGUUAGACGACAUCAUACUCAAAUGGCCAAGGCGAAAUGACGUAAUUAGCAUUAUUCAAUAUUAAUUAGCAUUAAUUCAGAGACAUCGAAAGCCUUUUUAAAAGACAUAGUAAAAGUCAUAUCUUACGAGAUUUGUACAGGUCUUAGCGGAAAAGGGCCAUUUUAAUGCCAAAUUUGACAGCUAUUAUGAAAGAAAUGCCAAGUGUUAAUUCGUUUUUCGGCACAGUUCGCCUGUAUAACCAGUUUGUGUUUGAAGAAUUUUAAAAGAAAUUAUUUAUUCCCCCACCACUAAAACACACUGAUUACGAGAUAACGCUCUCCUAAACUUCCUGGUUUCUUUUGCAAUUUGUUUGGGGUAAGAUGCUAUCACUCCCCGCCUAUGUGUAAAUAAUGAUAUUAAUCUUCUAAUAUUUAAACCAAACAAAUUUAACAGAUACAAAUACAGGUUAUUACAGGUAGACAGACAGGAGCCCAUUGAAGGGACCCAGUGAAGGGGAAGCAGUUGGUUUAGAGUUUGUCCGACUCCUUUGGGUAUUUCCGACUCACUUCCAAUGAAAACAAUCAUGUUAUUCUGAUGCUGUUCUUAACCAUUAUCAAACGUUAUAUUGUGUCUGAGAUUUGCCACAAAUCGCCUCUAGCAUUUUCCACACAACCCAACAUUUAUCGACACCGGGAUUAAGGGGGUAUAUCUUUUUUCUAACGCUUUUUGUUAACACGUCACCAUAACUACAAUAAAAACUUGCUUACAAAAGGCAUAAUAAAAAGUGAAAACUGA